AUGCCCUGUUCACUACAAUCAUUGUAUAUAUCCUGUAUUCACAAAUUACUACAAAACAAACUAAACAUGGGACCUCUUGCAGUUAAAAGAUGGGAGUAAUAGCAAAAAGUAUCUUUCUACUUUUACAAUGAAAAAAUUUCUACCGUUAUAGUACCCAAACUUACUUGUCUUCCAACUGCAAAAUCCUGUCUUUUUCUAUCCUUUGGAUUCUCUGCUUCAUUCACACCCCUUCCCUGAUCCUUCUACUCUCUCUACUUUCUUGCAUUUUCACUGUUUCUAAGACCAAAACAUAGCUUAUCCUUUUUGUAACAUCACAUAUUUCUUGUGGUUGGGUUGAAUUUUUUGGUCUGAAAAUCUCAUCUUUGUGCUAUUUGAUCUUCAUUGUCCAGUGGGGUUUUGCUAAAAUCUAGCAAUGAAGUCAAUUCUUGCAGAAAUUCUAGCAAAUUUCUUCCUGCUGUUCUCCCUUUAAUCCUCACUCUAUUGUGUCAGUUUUCUACUUUCUUGCAUUUUCACUGUUUCUUAGGCACAAAAAUAGUUUGCAGAGUUGUAAGUAUCACUAAUUACUUGUGUCUGUGUUGAUAUUUUGAUCUGAAAAAUCUCCCCUUGUACUAUUUGAUCCUCAACCUCUAAUUGGUUUUUGCUAAAAUCAAUUCUUGCAAAGUUUUCCAGCAACAUUCUUAUAAAUUUUUGCUUAUUUGUUCUCACCUUAAGCCUCACUCUACUGUGUCACUUUUUGUUCUUUCUUGCUUUUCACUAUUUGCAAGUCCAAAAAAUAAAAGAUUACACCCUCUUUGUCAUAUCACAAAUUUCUGGUGGUUAGUUUGAUUUUUUGGUCUGAAAGAUCUCACUUUUGUGAUAUUUGAUCUUCAUUGUAUAAUGGGUUACUGCUAAAAUCUUGCAAUGAAGUCAAUUCUUGCAAACAUUUCCAGCAACAUUCUUGUAAAUUUCAGCUCUACUCUGCUGUGUCAGCUUUCUAUUUUUCUUGCAUUUUCACUGUUUCUAAGGCCAACCAUAACUUAUCCUUUUUGUAAUUUCACAAAAUUCUUUUGGCUGUGUUGAUCUUUUGGUCUGAAAAUCUCAACUUUGUACUAUUUGAUCUUCAUUCUCUAAUGGGUUUUUGCAAAAAUCUAGCAAUGAAGUCAAUUCUUGCAGAUCUUUCCAUCAACACUCCUACAAAAUUCAUCCUGUUGUAGUUUUUGUUCUCUCCUUAAUCAUUACUCUACUGUGUCAGUUCUCCACUUUCUUGAAUUCUCACUGUCUCUGAGCCUAAAAAAUAGUUCACUCUCUUUGUAACUUCAUUGGUUUUUGCUAAAAUCUAGCAACAACAACAUCAUACCGAGUGUAUUCCUACAAAGUGGAGUCUGGGGAGUGUAGAGUGUACGCAGUUCAUACCUCUACCUCGGUGAGGUAGAGAGGCUGUUUUGCUAAAAUCCAGCUAUGACAUCAAAUCUUGAAAGUUCUCCCGUAAACAUUUUUGUUUGGUUCGUCCUGUUAUUCUGUUUUUUCAGUAGUAGGUUUACAUGUGGUACAACUGAUUUCGACUUUGACACUUUAACACUGAGUAGUUUAAAGCUUCUUGGCGAUGCACAUUUAGGUAACAACACGAUAAGGUUGACACGUGAUCUUCCUGUGCCAAAUUCCGGUGCUGGGAAAGUUCUAUAUUCAAAGCCAGUAAGAUUCAGGCAACCAGGGUUUGAUUUCCCCGCAGGCUUCUCAACAUUCUUUUCAUUCUCAGUGAGUAAUUUGAAUCCAUCGUCGAUUGGUGGAGGUCUCGCAUUUGUGAUCACUCCAGGUGAUGAGUUAGUUGGUGAUGCUGGUGGGUAUAUGGGAAUCUUGGAUGCUAAAGGUACACAAGUUGGUACAAUUGCAGUUGAAUUUGACACCCUUAUGGAUGUUGAAUUCAAAGAUAUUAAUGGAAAUCAUGUUGGUUUGGAUCUGAAUUCAAUGACUUCAAGUCAAGUUGGUGAUUUGGAUUCUAUUGAUGUUGAUUUGAAAAGUGGUGAUUUGAUCAAUUCUUGGAUUGAAUAUUCUGGUUCUAAUGGACAGUUGAAUAUAUUUGUGUCAUAUACUAAUCUUAAGCCAAAAGAGCCAUUUUUAUCAGUUAAUAUCAAUCUUUCUGAGUAUGUAAACGAUUUCAUGUUUGUUGGUUUCUCUGGUUCAACUCAAGGAAGUACUGAGAUUCAUAAUAUUGUAUGGUGGAGUUUCAGUUCAUCAUUUGAUGCAAGUGCUAAGUCGGGGGUGGGGGCGGCUGAGCCACCACCGCCAACGGCUAGUUUGGUUAACCAAACGGCGGAUUCAGUCAUGUUGCCACCACCUUCUAUGGCUCCAUCAGAGUCUAAUAGUAGUACCACAGGUGUAUUGCAAGAUAAGAGUUAUGGAAAAUGUCAUAGCAAUUUUUGUAAACAAGGUCCUGGAGCUGUUGUUGGUGUGGUGACUGCUGGUGCAUUUUUUCUUGCAUUUGCUACAUUGGUACUUGUUUGGUUAUACUCCAAGAAGUUCAAGAGAGUAAAAAAUACUGAAAUUUUGGCAUCUGAUGUCAUCAAAAUGCCUAAGGAGUUUAGCUACAAAGAGCUUAAAAUGGCCACGAAAGGUUUCAAUUCGACGAGGAUUAUAGGCCACGGCGCAUUUGGGACUGUUUACAAGGGUAUUUUAUCCGACACCGGUGGCAUUGUGGCAGUCAAGAGAUGUAGUCAUAAUGGACAAGGGAAAGCAGAGUUUUUAUCUGAGUUAUCUAUAAUUGGAACUCUUAGGCAUAGAAAUCUUGUUAGGCUUCAAGGAUGGUGCCACGAGAAAGGUGAAAUUUUGUUGGUCUAUGAUCUGAUGCCUAAUGGGAGUCUUGAUAAGGCAUUAUUUGAAUCAAGAAUGGUUCUUCCAUGGUCACAUAGGCGAAAAAUUUUGAUAGGUGUUGCUUCUGCCUUGGCAUAUUUACAUCAAGAAUGCGAAAACCAAGUGAUUCAUAGGGACAUUAAGAGUAGUAACAUUAUGUUGGAUGAAGGGUUCAAUGCAAGAUUAGGAGAUUUUGGAUUAGCAAGGCAAGUUGAGCAUGACAAGUCCCCCGAUGCAACGGUAGCAGCUGGUACAAUGGGCUACUUGGCUCCUGAGUACUUGUUAACCGGAAGGGCAACCGAAAAAACCGAUGUUUUCAGCUAUGGAGCAGUGGUUCUUGAAGUGGCCAGUGGAAGGAGGCCAAUUGAGAAGGAAACAACUAGAGUUGAGAAAGUUGGAGUGAACGGCAACUUGGUUGAAUGGGUAUGGGGGUUGCAUAGAGAAGGGAAUUUGCUAAAUGUAGCUGAUUCAAGACUUUGCGGUGAGUUUGAUGAACCAGAAAUGAGAAGGGUUCUAAUGGUUGGGCUAGCUUGUUCACAUCCUGACCCUAUGUCUAGACCAACAAUGAGGGGUGCUGUCCAAAUGCUUGAGGGUGAAUCUGAAAUCCCCAUUGUCCCAAGAACUAGGCCUUCUAUGACUUUCAGCACAUCACAUCUCCUUAUGACUUUGCAAGAUAGCGUUUCUGACUUGAAUGGUUUGAUCACACUUUCCCCUUCAUCAUCUGAAUGUAGCUACACCGGUGGUGGCAAUGGCAUGGACUUGGUCUAAAUUUAAGUAAGAAAGUUCCAAACAAUUUAGUUAAAUGCACCCAUAAGAGCCCGGCAAUACCUCCCCCCCCCCCCCCCCCCCCGGUAUGGAGCUACUGUCGUUUCAUCCGACAACAUGCAUUUCAUCAAAGAAGCGCGGAAUAGGCAUAGUGACUACUCUGAUUGGGCGUGGACCGGAAAAAAGUAGCUAUCAACUCUUAGUUAUCUUUUUUGUUUUGUUCAUAAAUUCAUUAAUUUAAUUCUUACUAUAUAUGUACCAAAUAAGCUUGAGAUAUAGUAAUGUAAUUUUCUGUCUUUCCUUUUUCA